AUGGCCAGUAACCAGGCCAGCCUGCAGGAUGAUCAGAGCAGGCACUGCAAGUUUUUAUCCUAUAUGUUCUACCAAGCAGUGAGAGACCACAAGCCUGUGUGGAUGCUGGAAGACAUGAGAACUAUGGAGUAUUUUUACUGGGAGGAAAAUGCCAGCCUAAGAACCUACUCACCUUCAGAAGCCCUUCUCUAUGCAGUGGUGCAUAAUCACCUGCCUUAUGCUCAAUAUUUGCUGUCUCAUUUUCCAGAGGAGGCUCUCAAGGUGCCUGGGGAACACAUCUGCUAUUGCCCAUCCUCCGCUCCUCACUUGGCCAUGGCAGUCACCUAUGACAGGAUAGAUAUCUUGGGACUGAUCAUCAAUAUUGCACACAAGCUCCCCAGCUUGAACUCCUACAUCAAUAGGACUGGCUGCUUUCACCUGGAAGAUGGGAAAACCCCCCUGCACCUUGCCUGUGAACUGCUGAGAUCAGAGACAGUUCUUAUCCUUCUUGGGAAUGGUGCUUCUCCCAGGAUAGAAGAUAGUAAAGGGCUUACCCCGCUGGAUGUCAUCCUGGAGCAGAUGUGGGACUCAAAAGUAAAUGUGGCAUCUAAGAAGCUCUGCCUUGACUACCUUUUGCUCUUCAUGCCAAACCCACAGUUUAAGAUGCGGAAAGUUCUGCAGGAGCAUCCGGACCACUGGACAGCCUUGUUGGGGGAAGACAAAUUCAAUAGCCUGGUGGGGAACACACCUGCUUCUUUAUAUCUUCAAGCUAUGCAAACUAUUCUCCAGACUCUUCCCCCCUCCCAUUUUCCCAAAAGCAUCCAGGAACUACCUAUACCUCAGGCACUAAAGCCCUUACCAUCCUAUGGCAAAAAGCUACCGACAAAAAAUGUGGUAAAUGUUUUUCAUUGA